AGAUAUGCCCUGCGUACAAGCCCAGUACAGCCCUUCGCCCCCUGGCUCCAGUUAUGCGGCUCAGACCUUUGCCUAUGGCUCCGAGUACAGCCCCGAGAUCAUGAACCCCGACUACGCCAAGCUGACCAUGGAGCUGAGCGGCGGGGAGAUCAGCGCCACGGCCACCACCUCCCUGCCCAGCUUCAGCACUUUCAUGGAGGGCUACUCCGGGAGCUACGAGCUCAAGCCCUCCUGCCUAUACCAAAUGCCGUCUGCCUCCUCCUCCUCUUCCUCCCCGUCCUCCUCGGCCAGCCAGCGGCCCCUCGUCAAGAUGGAAGACAGCCGGCUGCACGGCUACCACCCGUCCCUGCCUCCCUCUGCAGACGAGGGCCUGGCCAACCCGUCCAUGUACUUCAAGCAGUCUCCACCCUCCACCCCCACCACCCCGGUGUUCCCCCCACACCAGGCCCCCUGGGACGAGCCGCCACCGCCACACCCGCUUCCGCCGGCGCAGACCUGCAUGGCCCCCAGCCACCUGAUGGACACUGCCCCCAUGAAAACCGCCCCCGGCCGCUUCCCCCUCUUCCACUUCAAGCACUCACCACCCCACACGCCCCCAGCUGGCACCCACAUGUGCUACGAUGCCGCUGCCUUGAGCCUGCCCAUGGUGCCGGAGAGGCCCAGCGCCAGCCAGGCUGCGCUGGAAAGCCAUCCCUACGGGCUGCCCUUGGCCAAGAGGGCAGCCACUCUGGCCUUCUCGCCACUGGGCCUCAGCGCGCCUCCCUCCAGCCUCCUAGGCGAGAGCAGCAGCGGCAGCAGCGGCCUUCCCUCUCCCCCCAGCAGGAGCUCCUCCUCGGGGGAGGGCACCUGUGCCGUGUGCGGGGACAACGCGGCCUGCCAGCACUAUGGGGUGCGCACCUGCGAGGGCUGCAAGGGAUUCUUUAAGAGGACAGUUCAGAAAAAUGCAAAAUACGUUUGCCUGGCUAAUAAAAACUGCCCAGUGGACAAGCGCCGUCGAAACAGAUGUCAGUACUGCCGAUUUCAGAAGUGUCUCAGCGUUGGCAUGGUAAAAGAAGUUGUCCGCACUGACAGUCUAAAAGGGAGACGAGGCCGGCUGCCUUCCAAACCAAAGAGCCCGUUACAGCAGGAACUGCCCCAGCCCUCUCCGCCAUCUCCUCCUGCCAGCAUGCUGAACGCCCUCGUACGAGCUUUAUCCGAUUCAGCGCCCAGAGAACUUGACUACUCCAGGUACUGUUCUACUGAGCAGGCUGCUGUAGGUACCGAUGCUGAACAUGUCCAACAGUUCUACAACCUUCUCACGGCCUCCCUCGACAUAUCCAGGAGCUGGGCGGAAAAAAUCCCAGGAUUUACGGACCUCCCAAAGGAAGAUCAAACAUUACUCAUCGAAUCAGCUUUUUUGGAGCUUUUUGUACUGAGACUGUCCAUCAGGUCUGACACCGCUGAAGAUAAGUUUGUUUUCUGCAAUGGACUCGUGCUUCAUAGACUUCAGUGCCUUCGCGGAUUUGGGGAGUGGCUCGACUCCAUUAAAGACUUUUCCUUAAAUUUACAGAGCCUCAACCUUGAUAUCCCAGCCUUAGCAUGCUUAUCAGCUCUAAGUAUGAUCACAGAACGACACGGAUUAAAAGAACCAAAGAAAGUGCAUGAGCUAUGCAACAAGAUCAUGAGUGGCUUGAAAGAUCACUUAGCCUUCAGCUGCCGGAGCAAAGGACCACCGUUCGAGUCUGCAGACGAGUCAAAGGUCCUGGGGGUGCUCACUGACUUGCGCUCGCUCUGCACAUUAGGACUGCAGCGAAUCUUUUACCUGAAGCUGGAGGAUCUGGUACCUCCCCCCUCCAUCAUUGACAAGCUGUUCCUGGACACUUUGCCGUUCUGA